UCCAGAGGUUUUCGGUAUAAGUAGCCAUGUGACCUCGCCGCGAUGAACACCAAGUUGGACGUAGUAAAAAACAGCGAAGUGUUCUUUAGAUGGAAUUUAACAUGGAAAUCGGCAACGAGAUCGGCCAAAAGAUAAGGAGUGCUGUCAAAACAAAACUAAGAGAACUUGGAUCUUAUGUUGAUGAGGAAUUGCCAGAUUAUAUUAUGGUUAUGCUGGCCAACAAGAGGAGUAAAGAACAGAUGACAGAGGACCUGGUGUUAUUUCUAGGUGCUAAUACAACAGUCUUCACUGAGUGGCUUGUGAACAUAAUACAAAAAAUUCAAGAUGUAACAAGUUUACAAGAAAAUACAGAAGAGUUAAGUUUAUUGGCCAAUGAACCUGUCAAAUCAGCCCAGACAGUGAAGACAGAGUCUGUCAAAAACAAGGACAAGAAGGAUGCUAACCCAAAGACUUCAGCUAAAGAGAGACGCAGAAGCCCUCACAGAACAGAGCCAAGGGAGGAGCAUCAAAGACAUGCUUCAAAGUCUUCUGAAAAGAUAGAAAAGCAAAGGAUAAGCACCAAUGUUGUGAAGACUGUUGGUCUGUCAUCAAGGGGAUCAGUGCGGAAACGGAAGCACUCAUCAUCUGAUGAAGAAGACACCAGAGCCUCUCAUCUUCACAGUGUUGUGAAAGUCAAAGACCGAAAGCCAACUCUCCCAACCUCUAAGCAUGCCUCUGGAAAUCUUCUGAAGAAAGCUGUGGCAGAAGCGCAUCUUUCCGUGAACAAACCUCUUAUUUCUUCCAGUCUGAAAUAUGACCCUACCUUGCCACCUUCUCCAAUUGUAUCCCAUAGUUAUGAAGAGAAACAGCAUCAGAAAGAGUUGCUGCUGCAGCAGCACAGAGAAUUACAGAAGCAGUUUUUGCAAAUGAAACAGGACAGGGAGGAAAGCAAAGAAGCAAUGGAAGAAGAUAGUGACAAAGAUAUGGAAAGGGAAACUGAAGAGCCAGCGGAAAAAACCCAAAGAGAUGAAGAAAGUAGAGAAAGUAAGCAGACUGAGAUUAAAAAGGAACAAAAUGGUUCAGAAGUCACCCAAGAACCAGAGGAACCUGUCAUUGAGCUUCAUGUUUCAGAAACUGAAACACUGGAGUACUCUCCUGAGCCAGCUGUUGGUGAUACCAGAAUUGUAGCCUUUGCCGAUAGUCAGGCUGGUGCAGAAGAUUCAGAUGAAGAGAGGAGGAAAAGGAAGAAAAAGCGGAGGGCUGUUAAAUCUAAAAAGGAAAAACCAGCAAGUCCUAAGUUCAUUGUAACACUUGAUGGAGUGGACAGUGAUAUGGAAGACAAAUAUGAUGUACAACUAAAGAAAGAAAAGAAGAAGAGGAAAACAAAGAAGAAUGUUGAGCUGGAUGAUUAUGAGGAGAUUGACACAACAGAGGUGACAGAAGAAAUAAAACCACCAUUAGAAGUGGCUACCCCUGAAAAACCGGCCAUCAAACAGAUCACGUUUGAUCUGGAUCCUGUUGAUGAUGAAGCUGAAAUUGGUGACUCCAUGCCCAAUAAAAACAUACAAGCAGAAAAGUGUAAAUUUUGGCCUGAGUGCAAGAAUGGAGAUGAUUGCCCUUUCUAUCAUCCAACAGUGAUGUGCAGGUCUUUCCCGAACUGUAGAUUUGGAGAUAGUUGUAGAUUCAUUCACCCACCAUGUAAAUUUGAUGGAAGGUGUAUCAAUGCAGUUUGUCCCUACACACAUAAGUUAAAAAACAAACAGCAGACUUCUCCAAUAGCAGUUGCAACAUCAGGCUUCAUGUUUCCACCACCAAGUGUCCUCACUACUCUGCCUCCUGUUACCCAACCCGUCCCUUGCAAGUUUUACCCGUCUUGUACCAAAACUGACUGUCCUUUUUAUCAUCCACAACCAAAGGUAACUUUCUCUUCUGGCAAUAACAACACCAGGGACAUAUUUCUCCAGAACUUCCGGAAAAUGGUUAAGGCUUGUCGUUUUGGUGCCACCUGCACCAGGCCAAACUGUCCAUUCACUCAUCCAGCCAAACCUUCCUCGUUAAAGUGGGUUGCCCCAGCUCUGCACGUGAGUGAAAGGAGUUUUGCGGUUUCAGAACAGAAAGUAACUUCCAUGCCGGUGUUAUAGCAGAGGAUUAGUUCAAGUCAACAUUAUUGAAAAUUAUCCGGCAAAAUACAAUUCUAGUCGUGACUGUGUCACUAGGGACCUUACGCAAACCACGACGGCGACGGCAACAAGAA